GAGGCCCUGACCAAGAGUAAUUGCACACAGCACAGCCUUUUCUGGUCUUUGGGCCUAAGGUCUUAGCUGUCUCUCACCUCGUUCUUAUCCCUCUUGCCCCUCCUCCUCCUCUUCAAAUUGGUUCUCUUGCUUUGUCAUUCUCAAGAGAUCUCUUUGUUUGUCUGGUUAAGAGAGAGAGAGAGAGAGCACUAGAAAAUGACUGGGUUUGCAGAAGGUGAAAGCGUUACUCUUGAUCUUCUCAAGAAGAAAAUGGCGGAGUUUGCCAAAGAAAGAGACUGGGAUCAGUUCCACAGCCCCAGAAACCUUCUCUUAGCUCUGGUGGGUGAAGUUGGAGAGCUAUCUGAGAUAUUCCAAUGGAAAGGGGAGGUUCCAAAGGGACUCCCUGACUGGAAAGAGGAGGAGAAAGAACACCUGGGGGAAGAGCUUUCUGAUGUUCUGCUUUAUUUGGUCAGGCUUUCUGACAUCUGUGGUGUUGAUCUUGGCAAAGCUGCUCUUCGCAAGGUUGGGCUCAAUGCCAUCAAGUACCCUGUUAAGCAGAGCCAAAUGAAUAUCACAAGCAACAACACCAUCAACAGUGAUGAAAAUGCACAGAGGGUUUAACUUUCUUUGCUUGGAAACACCCACCACCACGGGUUUUUCUUUGCUGAACUGUUAAUACUAUAUUUGGGUGUUUAUGGGAUAUGUGGCUUGGGCCUUAGGAUAGGAGCCUUUUAGGGAUGGUUUUCAUUUCAUGAGUCAGAGACUAGUAAUGGUGUGGGCAAUUGAUUCUCAGAGAUUUCUUACUGUUUUGGCUUCUGAAUCAAAUCCCUCUGACAGUUGUGAGAUAUGGUGUGAUUCUAUAAUAAUAUUUUCCCUGUUUCUUCAUAGAUAUUUGUGACCUGCCCUUU